AGUUAUUGCCACGCUGGCAGUUCAAUUGACAAUAUCGUGCUAUAAAUCGAACAUUUGCACUAUCUUCGAAUAAAAUAAACAGUUUGUUGCAGUACUAGUGUACUGAAGCUGGCAUAUAAUAGUAAAAAUUUCUUGAUAUGCUUAAAGGAGCAUUGUGAGUGAUUUGAAUGGACAUUGGAUGUAAAUGUUGAAGGUAAAAAAUAGCAACCAAUUUCGAAAGAUGCUCUCUCGCUCACUUGGUAAGCAAUAAGAGCCUCAGGGUGGGGCGAAGAGGCCGAAUGUCUGUCCGACUGUCCGUGACGGGUUCCUUUCCUCCGUUAGUUGCCUGAUGCGCUUUAUCGUGUCUGAGUGUAACGUUGGUGCAGUGCCUAAAGUGUUUUUUUUUAAUGGAAACGUAGUGAUUGCAGUGCAUUCUAUGUAAUAAACAUAUACACGUAAAGUGUACGAUUGAUAACCAACGAGGGAUGUCGUCUACAGAUAUCAAUCUGAUGGAUUUCCUCUUCCCAAGAGAAGACGCUUUCCUAAAAGGCGACAUUAAGGACGAGCCUUUCAUAGAUCAGAGCUACAACGAUGACGCCAUCACGGCGGAAGAAUGGCCAACCAAUCCAGACGAUUUUCUGGACUCUAUUUUCAAGCUGGAGGAUAAUCAAUUCAACUUGAUCGAUAAUGAUUUAGAUGCGAUCCCUUCUUCCUCGUCGGACAGCGGGCUGUCGAGUGCGCUGAGUCUCUCUUGCGAACAACAAUUAAGCCCGCUUCUGCCGAUCGAGGAGGAUCAAGUGGAGAUGAGUAAUUCUGAGAUGAGCAGUCCUCAGAAUAUCAUGGAUUUUGAUUCGUUGGGCAGUCCUAAUCAAUCGAUGGCCAGUGUAGAUAGUCCUGUCAGAUCGGUGGUUAGUUCUAAUAUUGGUUCACCCGUCAUGGAUGUAGCCGAAGAAAUGGACGUGGAACACACCCUCGUGGCUGUGGUGAACCCGACUAACACCGUGGUAGAUGCUAAUACGACAAUUAUAACGGAACAACCGGUUAUCGAUUUAGAAAAAACACCGAAACCUCAGAUUCACGUUGCAUCUCCGGAAAAUAACACGAUAAAUGUGCGCAAUAUCACUUGCAAUGGGAAACGGAAUAUCAGACAAUUGAUACGCGUUACACCGAUGGGUUCCGGUAAUCCAAGAUCGAUCCUACUGCCAGUGAGUUUGAAAGACAUGAAAGAAGUGAGAACCAUCAAGAUCAUCAACGCUUCCCAGGCUAGAAAUCUCAAAGGGUUCAAGAUCAACCAGGCCAACAUCAUUAACAAACCAGUUCAGAUGAACAUCAAACAAGAAUUCAAAGAAGAUUCCAGUAGCGAGAAGGGUUGCAAUUCGAGCGACGAGGUCUCAGAAUCGGAUUCCCCGUAUCCGAGGCUAAAACUGAACGCAGAGGAGAAACGUCUGCUCCAAAAAGAAGGCAUCACCCUGCCUACUCAUUAUCCGUUGACGAAGCACGAGGAAAGGGAAUUGAAGAGGAUCAGGCGCAAGAUUCGCAAUAAAAUUUCCGCUCAAGACUCGCGGAAGAGGAAAAAGGAGUACGUGGACGGAUUGGAAGAUCGGGUGAAGCAGUGUACCGAGGAGAAUAUGACACUGUUGAAACGUAUCAAGGCGCUUCAGUCGCAGAAUCAGAGCCUGGCCGGCCAACUGAAGAGGUUGCAAGCACUGUUGCAAAAAGGCAACAAGAGCGCCCAGCCUGCCACUUGUCUAAUGGUUUUGCUGCUCUCGUUGGCCUUGGUUGCUGUGCCGAAUCUUCGGCCACACUCCAAUUCAAACAAUGAACUCACGCAAGAGCAGGAACAGCCGGAGAAAAUGCCACCUUUGGCGGGUCGUUCUCGAACGUUACUCUACACGAAACAGCUGAUGGACGAGGAAUUGCAGCAAUAUAGCGAGGAAUUGCUGCAGGAAGUGGAGGGCCUUUUGGAUCACGAUUACAGCCCUACAAUUCAGCCACCCCUAUACAAACGUCCUCGCAUGGACACAGAUUCUCCACCGAAAUGCAUCUUGUCUUCCGAUCAUAUCGGAGGAACGCUUUGCGGAAGACAGGAAGUCACGAUGAAAUCGAACAGGAAAUACAUCGAGCCACCGUUAGACGAUGUUUGGCCACCACCGAAUCCAGGCGGGCAAAAGAAUGUCAAAAAGGUGGUGGAUAAGCUCGAAGCAUUGACCAACGAGCUGAAGAUUAAUAUUUCUGAUUCGGAAGGCAUGAGAACUGUCCUUCUAAAAGUUCCUCAGGAACAAUAAAUAAAUGGGAGAGAACCAAUUGUCACGAUAUUAUAUUUUUCUAUCAUUUGUAACCCUUUGCGAUUGGAUCUGUUUAUAUUGCUGAUACGUGACAUUUCUUGAAAAUAUUCUUGGAGAAGAAAAUUAUAAAUUAUGAAAUAAUCUAUUUAAAAAAAAAAAUUUUAAAUAGAAGUUGUUCAGAAUAAUCAAAGGAUCUAGAGAUGAAUUGAAUGGAGUUUCAAAAUAAAUCGAUAUACUUCUUUUUAUUAAUACAUGGUUAAUGAAAAUUUUCGAAGAUUCUAAAUUAUUUUGAACCAUGCAUUCUCUUUUAAUUCGAUCUCUUCUAAAUGAAAAAUCAUAAAGGGUUAACUGUUGAAUAAAACACUCCGAUAAGAAACAUACACAAAAGAGAAUAGAAUUCUGUAGUUUUUAAUUAAUUUUUCUGCGUGAAUAUUUUCUAGAGAUUAAUGAGAAUCCGUUCAACUAGCAUAUUUUAAACAAUCGGUCGAUAUUUUUCACUAGCAAUGGGAUUAGGAAUUUUCGUGUAAGUCUAUACUACUUUUAAGAGUUUAUCGAAAUCAUACGUGCUCUUCUAUAUUUUCCUCUUCUUCUCGCAUAUUUUUAGCGUUAUAUCAUCGAAGCUAUCUCAUAUUCAUAUACUAUAGUUCAUUCGUGCUUUUCAUCGAUAAUUUUACAUAUAUUCUAUCAGUAAACGAAUUUCACAAACUUGAUUUUUCAUAUCACUUUGUCUGUUAUAGUCAACUGCACACCGUCAUAGUUAGGUAUUGAUCGUCUUUAGAUGAUUUUUCAAGAGUUUUUAUCGAUUGAAUGAUAUUUAAGAUUUAUCUAUUUAUAAGAAGAAUUUAUUAUGAGAGUUUUACAGUUAAUAUUGAUGUUGCCGAUGAUAAGAGAAAUAAAAUUUGUAAAUAGUCAUUAUACGAAUUGUCAAAACGACACACAUACAGAAAGAUAUACAUAUAUUAUUAUUAUUAUAUUAAAUAGAUAUAAUAAAAGAAAUAUAUCGUAGCUUUAAUUUUAAAAGAUACGAUUUUUAAUUCUGUACUACUGUACACAAAAGAUGAUAUUUACAGAAGUAUAGUAGUAAAUUGUAAGUAAUAAGUUGAUAAAGAAUUUGUUUAUA